AUGAACCGAUCACUGGCUUCCCAAUUGACAGAUCAAUUAAUGGCUGAUGGGACGAGUGCUUAUCGAGCGUGGGAUUGGGCCCUGGCGGGCGCAUCACGAGCCCAAAUGGAAACGAUCUAUCAGCGGGCACAAGAGGUCGUCGCUCAACUGCCUUUAAUAAUGUCUGACGACGAGGUUGUCCAACACUACGAUGAGCCCCCAAAAGAGGAAAGGGGAACAUUGCCUGGCCCAAAGAAAUUCUCUCAACCGCCAGCCUCACAAUCGACGGCCGCUCGUGCUCAGCCGGAUAUCGGUGAUCGGAUUAUGCAAGAGGAGAUCCCAUUGGAUAAUCGAGAUGAAAAAGAGAUCAACACACCGUUGAAUGUGCACUUCUUGGACAUUUUUGCUGAACCCGAGCCAACCCUUCACAGCAUUGAUUGUUUGUGGACGAACAGCUAUCGCGUCUUUGAAGUCACUCGACUUUGGGCUUACAGAAUAAUCUCUCUGAUCCUUGGUCUUCCCGUCGCUUUCUGUUGUGGACUCUCAUUUGCCUGCGUUUCUUUCAAUUAUAUUUGGUGUUUCCAUCCAGCUCGUCGAAUCAUUCUUAUCGAGUAUCACAUGAUCAAACAGAUUGUCUAUGGGGCAGCUGGUUUAUUCUGUCGUCCGGUGGCGUUGGCUUUUGGAAAUAUCUUCGCGAAUAUUCGAAUUCAUCGCUCACAAGGCGAAAAAGUUCCUGAAGAGCAAUUGCUAAUAGUU